AUGGCUCAGCUCAGGGUGACCGACUUCUUCUCCCACAGUAAAAACCCCGCCCGGGACGGACCGCUGGGCACGAAGCGGAGGAAGACCCGGCCCGCGGGAGGAGUAGCCGGGGAGAAGCGCCGGGCGGCCCGCUCCAAAAGCCGGCCUACCGCAGCCCCGCUAACCCCGCUGAGGAUCCCAGCAGGGAGCGGCCAUGAGCCCCGGGUGAGCCUCCGAGAAGCCAGCCCGGGAGCAAAGCUGGUCGGAUUGGAAAAUAACGAUAGGGCGGCGGUGAGCACUGCAGCCGGGCUGCCUCCCCUGAGCCCCCAGCAGCAGCUGUUGCUGGCCUCCCCCCACACCCCGGGGCGCCCCGAUCCCAGCUCCCCACAACCCCCGGCACGGACACUGACCGGCAGAAAGCGGUGUAGACAGGAACUGGACCCUGAACUGGAAGCGGGGCGAAACGCCGGCCCCCCAGCCAGGCUCCCGCCCCGGGAGCCCAGCAAGAGAGCGGCCAGGAAGAAGCUGGUACUGCCCGCAGAUGAAGAACCCCAGGGUACAGAGCAGGAGGCGGUUUCCAGCCCCUGCUCCAGUGCUGCCCUCAGACCCCCAACCCCGUCCUCCCUUAACAAGAAUGUGAAGAACUUGGUGAAUGUGACCCUCUCACCAGGUCCAGAGAGUGGGCUGCAGUCUGGCCUGGCUACACUAGAGGGAAACAUAAGCCUUAAGCAGGUUUCAUCCAAGGAGCUGAAACACCGCCUGCAGAGACUCCAGGAGCUGACUUGGAAAGCCAAACUGCCAGCUUGCCCCUCUGAGACCUGCAGUGACUUGAAAAGCCGCCUGAAACAAGUGCAGGAACUAGAAUCCAAAAUCCGCAACAGAAAGGCAGAGGAGGGGAAGGGAUCUGGACUGCAACCAUCCAAAGAGACCUGUGAGCCAACCGCGGAAGCCAGCGAGAGGGCACCUGCCUAUCAGCGAUUCCACACCCUUGCUCAGGAUAUUCCCCCAGGUCUCACGCUGCCCUAUAAAUACAAGGUACUGGCAGAGAUGUUCCGCAGCAUGGACACCAUUGUGGGGAUGCUCUUCAAUCGCUCUGAGACUGUAACCUUUGCCAAGGUCAAACAGGGUGUCCAAGAUCUAAUGCACAGGCAGUUUGAAGAGAGGAAUGUGGGUCAGAUCAAAGCCGUGUACCCCACUUCGUACAAAUUCCGCCAGGAGAAGAACAUCCCAACCUUCAGCAGUUUCUUGAAGAAAUCCAGCUACCAGCUCACCGUGGAGCCAGUGCUGGGGGAAGAGGAGAAGGUAGAUGGCCGCCCGCACCUGUCAGCAUCGCGCUUGCUGGAACGCAGGAGGGUAUUCAGCAGGAACCUGGUGAACGCUGUCAAACAGCAUCACAAGACAUUCAUGGCUUCCCUCAGCCCCCCGAUGGUCAUACCAGAUGACAAGCUGACCAGAUGGCACCCUCGCUUCAAUGUAGACGAGGUGCCAGACAUAAUACCCGCUGAGUUGCCCCAGCCCCCUCAGGUGGACAAGCUGACCACGGCGCAGGAGGUGUUGACCAAGGCCCGGAGCAUGAUGACCCCAAAGAUGGAAAAGGCUCUUGCCAACCUGGCUCUAAGAACAGCUGAAACCAGCCCAGGAAAGCAUGAGGACCCCAAAGCAACACCCACGGCCAACACCUCCAGUGCCCUGAAAGGGGUGUCCCAGGCCCUGCUAGAGAGGAUCAGAGCAAAGGAGGCUCAGAAACUGCAGGCUCUGAUGACCCGGAAUCCACAACAGGAGGAGCGGCUUGUCAUGAUCUCACGGCUGCCAGAGAUGGCACGCCUCCUACGCAAUGUGUUCGUGGCUGAGAAGAAGCAGGCGCUGACUAUGGAGGUGGCAUGUACGCGGAUGCUCGACAGCUACCGUACCACGAUGACAUCUGGUGAAAUGGAGAAACACCUACACCUCUUCUCAGAGUUGCUGCCUGACUGGGUCAUCAUCCAUCCAAUCAGGAAAGACACCUACAUCAAGCUGGACAAGAGCAUGGACCUCAAUGUCCUUAUGGAGAGACUGACAAGGAUGAUUAAGGAGGAGGAGAAGCUCUGAUUCCUGGGGGGUGGGGGGAGAUGGCUGGGGGUGAGACCUUGAUUUUAAUUAGAUGUGCCUCUGAAUGUAGCACAG